GCUGAGGUUCUGAGAGCGAUGGCUGGCGUUCUGUCCAAGCUGCACAACAGCGCCCAACAUGUGAAAGAUCUGGCGGCUGCUUAUCUCCGUGAUGGUGAGAAGGGUCGUCAAUCGGACAUCGAGAGAAAAUCCAACCAGUUCGCCAAUGUACAGCUUCGGAUUGUGGUGAUGGGUGAAUCCGGGUCGGGCAAAUCGACCCUGAUCAACGCUCUGCGCGGGUUGGAUGAGGAUGAAGAAGGGGCUGCCCCAACCGACUGUACGGCGACCACCACUGAAAUAACACCCUACCCCCACCCCACCCUCCCUAACGUUCACUAUUAUGACUUUCCCGGACUGAACACGGUCAAAUUCCCAGUGAAAACGUUUAUGAAAAAGACCAACUUUGCCCAGUAUGAUUUGGGCAUCAUUGUGACCGGCUCUCGGUUCACGGAGAACGACCAGUUACUGGCCAAGGCGCUGGAGAAGGCGGGUAAACCCAUCUACCUGGUGCGCUCCAAGAUCGACGAAACUGUCAGGUCGGAGAGGCGCAGGAAGGGUUACAACCAGGAGGAGACGUUGCAGCGUGUGAGGGAACAGUGCAUCUCCUCACUGAAGGCGGCAGGGAUACAAGAACCUCGCGUUUUCCUCUGUUCCGCCUUUGACCUGGAUCAGUACGACUUCCCCAAGUUAAAGGAAACCGUGGUGUCCAAUCUCUCGGAGACUCUGUAG